AUGAACCUCUUACCCCUCCACAUCAACCUCACCCACAACGACCAACCUCACCACCACACCAUCACUACACCACCCAAACCAAUCACACACAGAGAAACAACAACCAAGAUGUCCCCUCAACCAACGCAAACAAACCCAAACACAAAAGAAGAAGCCAAAACCGCCUUCACAGCAACGCUCCGCAGCGUCGCCCAGAACCACGAGGCGGCGCUGCGCGAUCGCGCCCGCACACUCAACGAAAACGCGCGCGCGCUCGACGCCCAGGAGACGGCGCUGGCGCAGUCGACGGCCGAGCUGGCGAAGCAGAACGACCAGUGGGAUAAGGUGGCGGACACGGCGCGCACUGCCCUCAAGGAGAUCGGCGACGUGCAGAAUUGGGCGGAGGUGAUUGAGAGGGAGCUUUUGGUCGUUGAGGAGGCUUUGCUUCUUGUUGAAUCUAAAUCUAAGGAUCGGGGGGGUUCGGGGGGGUUCGAAGGGGAGGAGGAGGGGGAGGGGUUUGUUGAGGAGGAGGAGGGUAUUGGGAAUGGGAAUGGGAAUGGGAAUGGGAAAUAUCCAAGGGGAAUGGGUGGGUGGUUUCGGUGGUGGUGA